UGAUAAUCAUCCUUUAAAAAGCCACAGAGCGUUGACUUCUGAAGUAGAAUCACUCAACCUGAUUCAGAAUGAUCACCAUACUCUUCUGUCUCCUCUUCCUCAGGGCAACUCUUGCCUUUCAGUCUCUGGCCCCCUCGUCUGAGAAGAAUGAGACUGUGAGUCCAAGCCAGUCGUGCACCUGUGAGGCAUUUCUACCAGAUACCAUAUUCCCCAUGGGGGAGCUGGAGCUGCUGGAGAAGUCCUCAUUGCAGAUCAGUCACAAGUUAGAGCUGGAAAUCAGCAAGAUAGAGCUGUUUGAGAGCAAGCUUAUAAUCUACAUGGAUAAGAUUGUAAACCUUACUUUGUUGAUUGGGAUCAUGGAAAAGGACCCUGACUCUUAUACUGAGGUCCAAAUAGAGGAGGUGAAGAUUCAGAUCAAGCAGAUAGAAGCUCUGAUUGUGGAGCUUCAGGCAUCUAUUGAGAUUUCUGUUACAGUGCUUGUCAGCAUUCGCAAAGAGAUCACGUCCAUGAUUGUUAUCCUGACUCGACUGGAGACUACCUAUGACAAGAACCUGGUACUGCUGACACGCAGAGAAUACAUCAAGCUUCAGCAGAAACUGGAGGAAUGUGAGAGACGCCACAACGAGAUCUUCGAUCCUAACAUCGGUUCUUGUGACCAUGGUUUCAUAUCAAGACUCAGUAAACCAAUUAUCAGCCACCUGAAUGCACAUCUGAAUGCAGGCCAUAGAUACGGUGGAUGGGGCAAAGAUUCAAACCCAUUGCAUGGUUUUGAAAAUAUGUACUGGUACUCGGGUUCUUCAAAUACUCUGGUUAGCCAAGUCAAUGUGUAUGCAGACUAUUACAGGUUAAUCAUGAGACAGCCAAUGAAAACCCAUGAACUUUAUACCAGUCGUGACUGGAGAGGUCUUGGUAAUAACUACGUUGUGCGUGGUAACACUGUGUACUAUCAGUUCCGAGAACCUUUCAGCAUGGGUAAAUUCAACAUGACCAGUCAGACUGCAGAGUACAGGGUGGUGCCAAGCGCCAGCAAUAAAUUCUCCUACUUUUAUUCAGCAAACCAAAACCUAGAUUUUGCAGCUGACGAGAAUGGAUUGUGGGUGACGUAUUCUACAGGAGGAUCGAAGGGCAAACUGGUGCUGGGUAAGAUAGAUGAGGCAGCAUUUGCUUUAAAGGAGGUUUAUGAGAUGAAUAUCUACAAACCAUCAGUAGGCAACGCCUUCAUGGUUUGUGGAGUGCUUUAUGCUACCAGAUCUGUAGAUAUAAAGACAGAGGAGAUCUUUUAUACCUAUAACACACACACAAGAAAGGAAAGCUAUGUUAGCAUUCCUUUUGAAAAGUUCCAGGAAACGUAUGUUUACCUUGAUUACAACCCCACUGACCAGAAACUGUACAUGUACAAUGACGGAUAUUACGUCAGCUAUCAUGUGUGGUUCCAUCAGAAUAAGAAUAAGGUGCAGGUCCUGAUAUGAUGAAAUGCUUUGAUUUGAAUACAGCUUUAAAACCUGCAUUGACUUUCAACCUUAUUAAUAAAAUCU